CUGAGAUGGAAAGAAAACUGUGAUGAGACCCCUUCUGGUUUUAUAUUUGAUCAUGUUCCGUUUUUCAGGGAGAAGCUGGCUUGGACGCAGUAGUGAGGGAGGUGAUAUCAUGUCUGUUGUUUGGCCCGGUUGACUGUGCAUUCUCCUGUUUUGAAAUGGAUUUGAAUAUUGCUGAACAAGGACUUGGGAUGCAGCCCCUAAACCACUUUUAUUUGGCUUCUCUACACAGACAUAUAUUUGUAAAUGAAAUCAGGGAAAUACCCUACUGAAACAUCUUCUCCGUUGUUGUGACUACUCAGCGAAUUCUCAGGCCCAGGCUGAACAGUGUGAAGGCACAAAGUGUCCAGUGUUGGAUAUUCCCAUACAAAGAAAGAAGAAAGAAUGACCAGGGUAGAGCUCAUUUGAACCAUGACUGGACCAGAGCUAAAUUGUGACUCCUGCUCAGGCAGAAAAGUUCCUGUUAAUAGUCCUAUUGAAGACAAUGAGAUUACUCUUCACUGUGAAAAAAAAAAUCAUAAUCUACUUCCCAUGACAAGGAGAAUGUUUUUUUUAACAUGCUGACUUGGUUUUUCCUGGCUGUUUCCAUGCAAUAAAAGAGGAAAGGAGGGAAUUCAUGAAUGUGGAGUGUUUGAUUUAUAACAGUCAAGCUAAGAGAUCCUGAUAGAGACAUUUUAUUCACCAUGUCACAUGAAAGCCAAGCAAAUGGAGCUGAGAAAAAUGGUUCCUUGUCUUCUCCCUCUUCCUCCAUCUUCUACUCUAAGAACCACUUAGUGAAAGAGCUUCACAAUGGCCAGGUGCUUACAGUUCUCAGUGCUAUCAAUAACUGCUCUUCCAUCUCCUUUGACCUGGAGCUUUGUGUAGAGAAACUGAAGAUCUUGGGAAUUCAGAUGACAAUGGAUGAAUGGAGAAGUUUAAUUCAAAACCCAGUUCUGAAGCCUGAAAUAAGACGCUACAUGUUCUACAACUCCAGAGCUUUCAGAAUAGCUAUUGCUGUGAUUUUCUACAUUUCUCUCUGGACAAAUAUUUAUUCCAUAAUGCGACUGUAUGCUUUUGGACGCUACUGGGAAAUCAGCAUAUUGGUGACUUUCGUUGCAGUAGCAGUCACUAUUAUCGUAAUACUGAUUAUUGACCGAUAUCAAAGGAAGAUAAAUGUGAAUACAGAUGUAAGGCUAGCAGCUGCCAAUGAAGCUUUCAUGAGACAUAAUUUACUUGUGGGGAUUACAGAUGCUAUGGAUCGGCAUCAGAGCAUUCUACAACUUUGGUUUGUCUACUUCAACCUGGAAGAGUGUCUUGAGUCCUUAACAAACUAUAUUGCAGAACUGAAGAGAAACCAAGAGUCAGCCCUGAAGCGUAGUCUGGACCAACUCUGCAUUGUUAUAGAGACAGUCAUCCAGCCAGCUCAGGAAAGAGGAGAGGAGAGUUCAUCUGAAGAAGCCCCUCUCCUAACCAGCAAGAAGAACUUAAAGAAAAGGACUCUGACAUGCAGUGACCUGAUGCAGCUCAUUCCCCAAGCAGCUCCAGAGGUGAUGGCCCGACAUUUGCUGGUGAUCUUCAGUGGCAAUUAUGUCAGACUGCUGGUCAAUGGCCAGCUCCCUCAGGUCAUUAUGUUACGGCACAUGGAACAUAGUAAUGCCCCCUGCCCUUGUGAGUUCAUAAAAACUAGUGUACUCAACACAGGACACUGCUGUUUCAAGGCGAGGUGAAUGCAUAGCCCUGGAAAGAAUUGUUGCAGCAACUACUUUUUGAAUACAAUGGUUCAAGAAAGAAGCCAGAGCUCAAGGAAGUCUUGAAGUGGGCUGCAACUCUUCUGAGGGACUUGUUCCGACUAACACAAGGAUUAAAGAACACAAAAAAGCAGCUGAGGACAUGACUUUGAUUAAAUAUGCAAAAUACCACUGGGAGAAAAUGAGAGACAGCUGCCUACCUGCCCAAUCUCUCGCUCUGCCCAGGAGCCAAAUUCCAUUGGAAGUAGUGAAUUGUACUUCUUAGAAAUGUGGCUUUCUUAUCACCAGUCAUGUCUGUGGGGUAUUCAGUACAAAGAGUACAUUUAAUGGCCUUUAUAAAGAGCUAUCAGGGCAUGCUACUAAAAGUGUAAGUGUGGAACAUGUACAGAUGAUGGAUGGCAGGUAAGGUUGAGAUUGUGCCAGGUUUGAUGCAAGGACCAUGGAAAUUUGCAAAGUUCCUUCUUGAUUCAUUAUGUAUGCAUGAUGAUUGCAUUUUCCCCAGUGUGGGAAAUAACAUGACUAUUAUUUUAUUUUCUUGCACAGACAAGUUCUAUUUUCCCAAUGGAGAUCUGAACCUAGUCUUGUUUGCACCCUCUGAAGUAACUCGCAACAGUUUGUGGAUUUUGCCUACACUGCAGACUGCAAGCUAGUUCAGACAUGAGAAGCAGUGUAAAUGCAGCAGCAUGGAUUUCCAUUUAGAACAAUGGUUGCCAACUUCUGCUUCUCAACACUGCACUUCAGUUUGCAGUGUAGAUGUACUGUAGUGUAGACAUACAUCCCAGUUUCCCAUUCAGCUUUUGUAAUGGACUGUGGAGUUUCUUCGCACAAGGAAGGCAGGGAAGAUGCCUUUAUUUAGGGAUUAUAUAAAUGUAAUAUUUACUAUGGAAUAUAAUUUUUUUUUAUUAUUUGCUAGACACCAGAAUAUGCUCAUCAGCACUGAGACACAGAAGAUGUCAAAACUUUUGACCCAAAGAACUAUUUAGGAGUCUGUCCAGACAGUUGUUCAGUAUUCACAAAUCUGAUCAAUGUUACUGGGUUAUGAGGUUGCUGAUCUGCUUCCCAAAAGUGCUCAGGAUGUUGUUUCAGGGAUGUAUUUGGCAGCUAUGUUGGUCUGAGACACAAAGAAAUGCAAAAAUCUAGAACUCUUGGUUCAUAAAUGCAAUAUGCAACACAUUGGAAACCCAAGGGUGUCCUUUCUGCACUGCUGUGACAUGGUAUAUUUUCAUAGCAUUUGAAUGUGACAUGGAAGCAGAGUGAAUUUUGAUCAGAUUGAAAUGUCUGCUUGGUAUAGGGUUAAACUAAUAAACAGGCAGUGAAUGAAGUGUUGUAAGUAUGCAAGUAGUUGUAUAUGAAAGUAAUAAUCAUGCAGGAGUACACAAACCAGAUACAACUUCUGUCUUCCAUAUGAAUUCCCUUGACAACUGAUGACUCUAUUAACUGAUGUCAGCAGGUGGACUUCAGGCUACAGUUCUCUGGAGGGUUUCCAGCUGUCCAGUGUAAAUAGUAAGAGAGGAUUAUAUGGAUCCAUCUUUUGAGGAUCUAUCUUUUGGUUAUGAGGUGAUAAGCGUGGGGUUACUACUAUAGGUACCAAAAUACCAUGGUAAUGAGCUAGGUAAAGGGGGCUAGACAGUCAUCGUGAUUCAUCUCUGGCUUGCUGUUCCAUACUAGAAUCCCCUAAAUGUCUUAUUUCUGUUGAUAAAACUUUCAUUUGGAAUAUGGCCUCUCAAUGGAGGCAUUGGGAGCACUUUUACACAUGCUCCAAUGCAUUCUGCUUAAUCGAGUCUGCUGGAGCAUUUUAAUCUCGUGUAUCAAUGUCCCCGCAUUUCAGAAUGGUCGUGGGGGUGCGUUAACUACAGCUCAUUGAACAAGCUUUAGUUAAAGUGCCCCUGCCACCAUUUUGAGACAUCGGAUGCUGAAUACAAGUGAUGCUGCGGGUGUUUUAAUUAGAGCGGCUCCCAAGAGCUGUUCUAAUAAAAAUGCCUCCCCCCCCGCCCAUCCCAUAGCACAUGUAUAGGUGCCCUUAAAGAUGCCACUUAAAACAGGCUUCAUCCAGUCUCUUCUUUUAAAUAGGAACAUGGGAAUUGACAUAUGAUAUCAGAUGACUACUUUUUGCAGUUCAGUAGCUUGUCUUGCCAAGUGCCACCACUAGUGAAUAGGCCAGAAAACCCAGAGAAAAAAUGAUCAAAUCAGCUCCUUCAUUGAGCAAUCUUUUCCUUACUCCACCCCCAAGCUAAUUGUUUGUCUGUGUCCUAAAGUAUGAGAUGUGUGCCCCUUAUAGCUGUUCAUUCCAGCUCAGAUAACAGUAAAUGUUCUUAUUAUUGUUGUCAAUGUCCAAUACUUUUCUGAACGUUAUAAACUUCUGCAUAGGUAUCUUAGCCCCGCUGAAACUGAUAGGAGUUUUAACAGAGAAUUUUUUGUAUCAGCAGGACAACAUCUAAAUUGAUAUUUAGUGUUGACCUUGAGGUCACCCUAAACCAGUGAGAGCCAUAUGAGCCACCCUUCCGCAUCUAUAACUCUCAUGGUAGCCUGCACCAAAACCAUUCCUAUUAUACUUCAUAUUUCCUGAAUGUUUCUUAUUUUCAUAAGGUGUAUCCGAGCUUUCCCUUGUGGAGCCCUUCUAGCAAUCAUUUUGUGGACUACUUGUCUCUACUUAUGGUCAUAGUGAGAUAAAAGGGAAUGAAACAGAACUGGAAGGGUGGAACAGAGAACGGUGAGAUUACUUCAGGCACACUUCCUUGGUUUGAAGCUUGCACAUCUGGGUAAGCUCCAAGCACCAUGCAGAACAGGGAAGGUCUGGAGGUGAGUGGGGAUGGGAUAAACCUCACAUUUGGCAAUUCUAAAGAGCUUCUGGAGCUGGACUGGACUGCUGCCAGGGUCCAUCUCUAGGGGUUUGUGGUAUAGGUGAUUGAUAUGCUUAGGCUUUAGGGUAACCUUAACAUCGACUCUAUCAGUGUAGAUAGAACUGAAGUUCCACUUUAUUGCUAAGCAUUGCCCUUUUCAUGAAGGUUGGCAACAGACCAACUUUCAGUGACAAAAUAUAAAUUGUUACCUCUAGUUACAUUCAUUGGAUAUUGGUUUGGGAAGUGGAUGCCAGUCCUGAGCCACGCUUUGGUCAAUUAAUUUCCCCUUCUACGACUCUGAUUCCUCUUUCACUCUUUGUCUGCCCUCUUGGUUUGUAUUGCAAGCAACUUUGGGGGCAGGGUAGUUUCUUACUAUGUGCGUGUAUUGCCCUGUACAUCUGGGACCCAAUGUGAGCUGGAAUCUCUAGGUUGCUACUGCAAUGCAAAUACAUAAUUCCAUGUGAAAUCAGAAGCAA